AUGGGGCGGGUCUUGGAACGACCUCCGGCAGAGGCCUCUGAUGAUGAGCUUCGGGCAUGGAUCGGCCGAGAGUAUGGAGAAGAUGGUCUGAAGCGACUGCUGGCCUCCCAGGAGUGCAAGCCUGAAGCAAGCAAGCACCUCUCUGAGUUCUUUACAUGGUUCCGGCGAAACUUCCCUUACUAUCACGGCCACUGCGAGCGCUGCAUGCGUGUCACACACUUCUUGGGUGUGGCGAGGCCAAGUGAUGAUGAGCGUCAAGAAGGAGGAGCAGGAGUUUCUGAGGUGAAUUUCUGUGAAGGCUGCAAUGUGAGUUCCCUCUUCCCGCGCUUCCGGCGAGUGCGGCCGGUCCUGGACACACAUCGCGGACGCUGUGGGGAGUAUUCUUGGUUGGCCUUAAGAUUCCUUGAGGCGUUGGGAUUCCCUGCCAGAUGGGUGGAUAAUCAUGCUGGUCAUGCGUGGGUGGAAGCGUGGGUGGAGAAUCGCUGCGGUCGCUGGGUGCACAUUGAUCCCUGCGAAGCUGCGGUGGACGAUGCUCGGUCAAAGCACAUGGACGAUGCUUGGAGCGGAAACCAAAUGGAAGUACUGGUAGAUUCCUUGGCUGGAAAUGUAGACUUGCAGGGUACAUGA